UUUAUAGAGAGUGACGUAACACUUUGUGUGAUCCGUCUAAAUCUAUCAACACGGUCAACACCUGUCCGUCAACGGGAGAACGCCAUGCCGCGAAAUAAUGGUCCAAUCGAGCAGAUCUCAAUGCCACAAAUGGUGGAUACGUCGGCUUUCCGCCAGUUCAUCGACCUGGAAAAUAACUCCAAAUAUUACAUGAUGCUCCUUAAUGUUCGAGAAGCCGAACUCGAAAGGUUGACGAAAGCAUAUGAAGACGUCCAGGUUACAUUAAAAUGUUGUUUAACGACAAAUUCAAAAUUAAAAGAUCGUAUAAAACUGCUCGAAGAAAUGUCAACAGUAUCCGCUAACAAACACCAGAAAGAAAUCGAAUCUUACAAGAAACAAAUAAACAAUAACAGUAAAAAUAUAGCGGAUGUUAAAUUGGACAAUGAAGAACGUUUUCGUGAACUCGAAAGUGAAUAUAAAAGGGAAAUACUUGAAAACGAAAAAAAUUACGUCGAUAAAUUAAAUAAACAAGAAAUGGAAUUCGACAAAAAAUAUAACGAAAUAAUGGUAAAAUAUCAACGGGAAGUAGUUCUGAAUUCUAAAUUAAAAAAUGAUUUGCAAACUUUAAUGAACGUGAACGUAGUAUUAAAAAGUAAAGUUCAUCAAGUUCAAUCUAAACAUUCCGUUGAAACAUCAUCGUUGGAAUCGGAAGUGAGUUUACUAAAAGAUUACAAUGAUAUUAUCAAAGGGGACGUGGCGAUUUUAAAAUCCCGUUUAGACGGGGUAUUAGAUGAAAAUGAAAAAUUAAAACACAUCGUAAUCGAAUGUCGAGACGAAAUCAAACAAGAUUCUAUACGUUUCGAACAAUUUAAACGUACGAAUAACAAACUCAAUCACGAAUUGAAUUUGUGCAAAAAACGAAAUAAACGGAUUAAAUUCAAAUUCGAGGAUGAAGUUAUGGCUAAAGCGAAUAUGAAGAAUGAAAUUGAAAAAUUAAAGAUUUUGGUAAAUGCGAACCAAGCUCAUGAACAAUGUAAUAUUCCUGAACAUGAUAACUUUAAUAAUAUAAAACGGCAAAACGAGGUGUUGCAAAAACUUGUAAAGAACAUGAGGAGGGAGAGGAACAGCAGGGAAAGUGAGGAUCUUCGUCAAGCAGAAGAUCGCAUCGAAAAGUUGGAAGAUACGAUUGAAAAUUUUAAAAGGACCGAUUUAUUCGGUUACGUUUCGAUGCAUAAUCAGGGUGCUUAGGAAAAUAAUGAUAAAAUUGUCUGUUGGGUUAUUUCGGGAGUGUAGAAUACCCUAUCGCGAAUAGUUUGUUAAUUAUUUUAUUCGUGCGUAUUGUGUUUGAUGAAGGUGGUGUGUUCAUAAAUUGUGCAUAUUUUCUAAUGAAAUUAAAUAAUUUUUACUAAUU